UCCGAGUGUUCACACUUGUUAUUACGAGCGGUGUCGGUUGCUUGUUGAGCGUGCGAUGACGUAGUGAAAUACAUUAUAUAUUUUUGGUGUCAUACCACACACUUUAACUUUCGUGUGCAAACCGUUACCAGCGUUUGUUUACAACCUAGAUAAAGCUUGUACGAUAUUGAUUGAGAUCAGAAAAGUGGUUCGCCCCUACGGGUCUCGAUAGCAGACAGCAGUGUUUCUCGCAUAGAAAGUAUAUUAUAUAUAUAUCUACACAUCGUACAUGUGUACAGUGGUAAAAGUGUGUUGGAUUUUAGCAGAAGUUUGUACACCAUAUGAACUUGAAAUGGAACAGGAUCGAAUCAAGUGAACAGAGUAUAGCGUUAAACAGCCAUAAUGGCGACGAAAGUUGUCUAUUUCAUCGUGGACGGCAACAACGAGCAAGCAGAAUUCCGGAGCGAUGACAGUCGGGACGAUUUGAAAGAAACAUUUCGCGCAGCAGCUGAAGCCGGUCCAGAUGACAUUCUGAAGCUGUAUAACAAAAAAGGAAACCUCCUCAACAUAUCUCCGAAACUGGCCGAAAACACUCCCGACACACGCUACACGCUGGAGGUAGUGGCAACGCAUUGUAAUGAACCUCAUAUUGGGUCUAAGAUCGGCGUGGACAUAAGUAUGAUAGAAUCGAGACUGGGACAGUUGGAGACCAGAGUGUACGUGGACAAUGGAGAAUUACCUACGAUGGUCAAAGACCUCAAAUUAAAAGUGGAACAGUUCAAAGAAAAACUAGAGAACGUCGAUCACUUGAGCUGGCUCGGACUUACUAAAGAUAUAUCCUGUGGUACAUCAUUAAAACCCUUCUGGGAUAAGACCCAAUCGCAUCGCAAGACAGAACAGCACUCAAAAUUAGUUUUCGACAAAUUCAAGAAAAUGAGCUGUGUUCAAGUGACGGACGAGGUUCGAGAGUAUCUGAGAAAGCCAACGUUUGACAAUUGGCAAUGGGACGACUCUGAAAUGCUGAUAUUAUUGAGACAGAUGUACAUAGACUUGGGUUUUAUUUCCAAGUUCAACAUAGAGAUGCCCGUGCUUCACCAAUGGUUGUAUGAAGUAUACAAAAACUACAACAAUGUGCCUUUCCAUAACUUUAAACACUGCUUCAUGGUCACACAGAUGAUGUACGGUCUGACCUGGCUUAUUGACACACCAUCACUGCUGGAUGACCUUGAUAUUCUUAUACUCAUCACUUCCGCCAUUUGUCAUGACCUUGACCAUCCAGGUUACAACAAUGCUUACCAGGUAGGGGAGAUAACUCUGCCUGAUUUGGUUUAA